GUUACGAUUAUGAUGAGAAAUAGAAACCCGAGGUCCCGUCUGGAAAGCGAAACUUAACAGUGCGAGAAUCGACGUUGCUGUCCGCAUGUAAGUGAUAGCAUUUCUGGGCGUUGUCAACGGUUGUGUUUUUUUUACAGGUUGUUUCGGCUAUGGAUGGGCAAAAUUAUGUUCCCAGACUGAAUGAACUUGUGCAGAAAUCACGUUUCAUUCUGAAAUUUGAGGAUGUCUGUGUAGAUGGGCCAGACCAUUGCCGAACAUUCACAAUCAAAGCUGUGAUUAAUGACAAGGACUAUCCCGUUGGAGUUGGGCGGAACAAGAAAGAGGCUAAACAAAAUGCCGCAAAAAAUGCUUUUCAUGCCAUUCUUGGUGAAUCAGUCCAGCAGAAUGACUCCGCAGAUAUGACCAGACCAGCUCAAUGUCCCUCUCCACAGUCUACCAUAGGGCUUAUCGCACAGCCAAACUACGUGUGCUGGCUCAAUGAGUACAGCCAUAAAACGAGGGUGGCUUUCAAGGCUAUUGAAUCACUGCAAAUGGGCCAAAGCUACAGUUCUCAAUACUGUAAGUAUGUUGCUGAUGGCAAGGAAUUCCCAGGGGCCUCUGCAAGCUCAAGGAAAGAAGCCAAGGAGCUGGCAGCAAAAAAAGUGUAUGAGGAGCUUAUGAGAGAAUCCAACAAACAGGCCGUAGACGAAAGCCGAACAGGAAAUGCCACUGGGCAAGAUGAAGCAUUGAGUCAGAGUGUGUCAGCUAGCCUUGGAAGAUUGAAUGGAUCUCCAACACUGGAGGAUAAUAACUUCAUAGGAACUCUGAAUCACUACUGCCAGAAGACCAAACGUGUAUGUGACUACAAAUACGUUGAGAAAAAAGGUCCCUCACAUGAUCCUAUAUUUGUGUACAGGGUAGUGAUUGAUAAAAAUGAAUACCCAGCGUGCGAGGGGAAGACCGCUAAAGAAGCGAAGCAGCGUGCAGCGGCGAAGGCCUGGGAGAUCCUGAAAGAGCAGCCCGACUGGGACAGCCAGGUAUCGUGCUGGUCACCAGUUACAGAGAAGAGCACUUUGUCUCCUCCUUCUGUACGUGAAUCUGAAGAUGAGGCUGGAACACAUAACCAGGCCGAAAGCUCCAGCGGAGGCAUUGUCUUCAAAAGUUCAUCCAAUGCUGUGACUCCUAAAAUGGCAGGAGAUGUCAAACCCAGAAGAAUAAUGGCACCACGUUUUUCCAACGCGUUAAUCAAGGAAAAUGUUGUGAAAAACAACAAUUUGGGAAAAUCACCAGAAAAGAACACCCAAUCUACAGACUCGGUGUUUCUGAAGGACUACGACCAAAUCGAGGCAAUUGGAAAAGGUGGAUUUGGUCGUGUUUACAAGGCAAGAAAAAUAAUUGAAGACAAAAAUGUUGCAGUGAAAAUAGUAAAGAGUACAAAAAAAGCUCUUCGAGAAGUGGCUGCCCUGUCACACCUUCAACAUCUCCAUAUUGUGCGCUAUUACCACGCUUGGAUUGAAUCCACAAGAUACCAGGGUGAACCUUCUGAGAGCUCCAGCAGCACUUCUGACAGCGGUGCACCUGAUAAUUUUGUGUAUAUCCAAAUGGAGCUGUGUGAGGGAGGCACUUUGAGGGCUUGGAUCGAUAAUAGAAACAGAGGGAGCUACCAGAAAUUGAAGACGAGGGACAAAGAGGCCUUGGUCAUCCUCCAGCAGAUGGUCGACGGAGUGAAAUACAUCCACUCAAAGAAGCUCAUUCACAGAGAUCUGAAGCCAUUAAACAUAAUGUUUGCGAGUGACAAGACAUUGAAGAUUGGAGACUUUGGCCUGGUGACUUCUGCGGAGAGUGACAGUGAUGGCGCCAUGCUGGAGAGGACGAAGAAGACGGGGACACGCUGGUACAUGAGCCCCGAACAGAUGAACCAGAGUAAAUAUGACAAAGAAGUUGAUAUUUUCGCUUUGGGACUGAUUUUCUUUGAAGUUCUAUGGAAGAUGACCACAGUAUGUGAAAAAUCAGACAUUUGGAAAGAUGUGAGAAAGCGAAAGUUUCCACCUCAGUUCUGCGUAGACUACACGGUAGAGUAUAAACUGAUUGAACAAAUGCUGUCUGAAAAUCCAGCGGACAGACCGGAUGCCCCAGCGAUCGCUGCAGAGCUGGAGAAAUACCAGACUUGCAUUAAAAAAGACCAGCAAGCACUUCAGGAUAUGAAAACAAUUUGAGGCUACGAGCGUAGGCAUAUAUACAUAUAUGUGUAUAUAAAUCUAUGGCUACAAGGACAACCUCUGUCAUGUCAUCGUGAUCCUUACACAGGGUUAUACAUCUCUGUUCGUUAGCCUUUGAUAGGCUACAAGUGGUUAUCAAAAUGGUGGCCCUGCCAUAAAUACCCGCUUUGCGAAACAUAUAACAUGAGUCUUAUGUUGAGACCGGGUCACAGAGAUGUUGAUUCAAUGCUGUGGCCAUUUCUGAACCUGUAGUAGGUAUGUUUAGCAGCUAUCCCGCGAUAAUGUCUCUGUCAGUGGGCUCCCCCUUGCAGCCUCUUUCCAUUUUGCUAGUGCAGUUUGAAAGAAGACUGCUGACAAGCUGUACCUUUCCAUCCAUCCAUCCAGAAAAAAACAUGUCUGUGGAACGACCCAUGUGCUGCAGCAUCAUGAUAAAAUCAUGUUUCACACCUUUCCUGUGCUGCAGCAAUUCAACUGCCAUUCACGUGUCAUUCCUGUAGACCUAAUGGACAUGCACUUGCACCUUCACAAUUCUGAUGCAUACACUUUUAGAGUUGUUUACCAAUGAGUAUACAUUUGGGUAAAAAGCAAUGCUGUUUAAAAAUCGAAUGCCGAAUCAUGGAUGCACUCAUAUGGAUGUGUAUGUCUCAUGAUAUGUGAUUUGAUGUACCACUUACAAAAUCAUGUUUGCUUUGCUUGUUUUUACAUGUAAUGAACUGCGUCAUCAAUAUAGGAUGCCACAUCGUGUUGAAAUCAUUCAUACAGUCUGGAGGAUGCUCAUACUGAGUUAAAGAGAGAUUAUUCAAGUAUUAUAGGGGUCUUACAUGAUUAUUUCCAUAUUAAUGAUCUAAUUAGUACUUUAAUUUGACAUGAUUUACACUACUAUGAAAUAAGACAUGACAUUUUUUUUUAUAUUGGGUGCACAAGAGGGAUAUCAGAAGGGGGGGGUUAAUCAGGAGGAAGGACUGAUUCUUUAAUAAUAUAGGGGGUACAAGGACAUUGUGAAUGGAUGCUCAAUUAGCUCAUAACAUUGCUCAUUUUAAACUAUACAAUUUUGCUUAAUGGGUUUUAGCAUUGUCAUUGUUUUCUUUUUCAUGCUAUUGUGGUUAUUCACCAUAAUAUUUGGGAUAUUGUCAAUAUACGGUACAGUUGUUUCUCUGUAUACUGACUACUUUUCAAGACCCUGUGAAUCUGUUUACAGAGUUUGGGGAUAAAAAUACAUGUGAAAUGAAGAAAAUGAACAAUGUCUUUAUUUAACAAAUUGUAUUCAAAUUCAACAGGUUGUACACAGCCUACGCAACUGAGGAAUUGGCUGUAAAACCAAACGUAACCAUGUGUAUACACAACUAUAAAAAUUAAAACAAGCCCUUCUGGG